AUGUCAGUCCUUGAACACACGAUAAGCUCCAAGUCAGGAGAUGUUGAACACUCAAUUUCGCUCGGGGAUGCCCAUACAAUUGAACCACAAGAAGCACUGAGCGAUCAUAUUCGGACCACUUUUGACCGACGUCUGAUGCCAGUCAUGUGCGGUCUCUACAUUCUGUCCUUCCUCGACCGUGGCAAUAUCGGCAAUGCGAAAGCAGCGGGGACUCAAAAGGACCUAGGCUUGACCGAUUCGCAAUGGUCCUGGGUUCUGAACGCGUUUUACAUCUGCUAUGUCUGCUUUGAAUGGACGACCAUCAUGUGGAAGAUCCUUCCUGCUCACAUAUAUGUUAGCGUCUUAUGUGUUCUUUGGGGAGCUGCUGCAAUGUGCUCUGGUGCCGCACAGAAUAUGGCCGGGCUUGUUGUCUGCCGCGCGUUCUUAGGCGUCUUUGAAGCAGCAUUUGGAGCGGGCGCCCCAUACUUUCUGUCUAUGUUCUACCGCCGACGAGAGCUGGGGUUUCGCGUUUCCCUGCUACUGGGCAUGUCUCCCCUUGCUAACUGCUUUGCUUCCGCCCUAGCCUAUGGCAUCAAGCAUAUCCGUGGAUCGAUGGAGCCAUGGCGAUAUCUGUUUAUCAUCGAGGGCGCUCCAACUGUGGCAUAUUCAGUUAUCGCUUAUCACUUCUUGCCCGACUCGCCCGAUACGGCCAAGUAUCUAACUGAGGCCGAACGGACACAUGCUAUUGAGAGGCUACAUAUGCGAGACCGGACCAAGAAGAGCGGCAUCAAAUGGUCGCAGGUAUUUGACGGCUUAUCAGACUACCAGAACUAUGUCCACACCGCCAUCCACUUCUGCUGCAACUUUUCGUACGCAGCCCUAUCUAAUUUUUUACCUACCAUCCUUCGAGAGAUGGGCUACUCUUCGGUUAACGCACAAGGGCUCACCGCUCCCGUCUACUUUGUUGCCUUCUUGUGUUGUAUCGCGAGCGCUGUUGUCGGGUAUCUGCUUCUCACCCUGGUCCGCGACGGGUCUCAAACAGGGGUUCGGUACGCUGGAAUCUGGUUUGCCGCGUGCGGCAUCUUCCCGUCGCUAGCUCUCAACAUCACCUGGCUUCUCAACAACCAAGGAGGUGACUCGAAAAAGGGGGCCGGGCUAGCCAUGCUGGCCACCUUGGGCCAGUGCUCGUCUUUUGUGAGCAGCACCGUGUUUCCAGACCGCGAUGCUCCGUUCUACACCAAAGGAUGCGCCAUCGGCUGUGCAUUUACUGGGAUGAUUGUUAUUCUGGCAAUGAGCCUUCACUUCGCCCUGGAGAGGGAGAACAAGUGGAGGGACAGGGAGCUCGGACCGGCAGAUUUCAAUGAGACGCUGGAUGUCACCGAAAUGGGUGAUAAGCACAGGCAUUUCCGGUAUCUGACCUAA